UACUCAAGUUUGUCCCGAUUGUUGGGAUGUGUGUACCCCGCUGUAAACCUUGCACUUGAACUCAAUGAGCAGAUUUUUGCUUUGACCGGAAUAUGCUCAAUGCGGUGUUUGUGUGAGGAAGCGGUGUAGUUGUCACGUCACAGAUGAAAGCGCUUCCUUUUCAUGAGGGCUUUAGAAUCCUUCACACCUCACUUCAGCUUCAUUUACCUGCUUCUUGUAUCAUUUUGCCCUCGAUUGCUCAGCGUUCAACUUCAUUUCUGUGUGAUGCCUCGGUCCUUCUUGGUAAAGCGAGGAGGCCUCCAACCCAUUCGCUCAGAACAGAGAAUGAGCAUUGGCCAAAAAGAAACGCGGCCCCAAGAGCCAUCCCUGGGGCACACCGCAUCUGCUCCACAGCGCCUCGAUACGGUUACCGUUGAUUCGCUUCAGCCUGUUUGUGGCGACCAACACUGUGAAGACGUUCCUGCUGUUCCCAAAGUUGAAAAGUGGCCCAGACGUCACGUGAGUUCCGAUAGACAAAAAUCAUCAGGGAUGGACUUCUUGCCUCGGAACGACUCUGACUGCUCCAAGAUGAUUUGUGCCAGUCAAGAGUGUCCACUAUGCGGAAAACUAUUUACCCACUUGUGCACUUUUAAGAGGCACGUAUACAAGUGUCAUGGAAUCACAUCCUAUGCAACAGAUCUUGAAUCGUGCAAGGGCAAGGACGUCAGAGCAUUCGGCUGCAGUGUUUGUGGAAAAGUGUUCAAGCGCUCGUCCACGCUGUCCACGCACCUUCUCAUCCAUUCUGACACGCGGCCAUACGCCUGCCAGUACUGCAACAAGCGCUUCCACCAGAAGUCGGACAUGAAGAAGCACACGUUCAUACACACGGGUGAGAAGCCCCACGUGUGUCACAUAUGUGGCAAAUGCUUCAGCCAGAGCUCCAACCUCAUCACACACAGCCGCAAGCACCAAGGCGACUGGCCCCACCGCUGCCCUCGCUGCCUCUUCAGCUUCCAAGAGCCUGUGGACCUGUGGCAGCACCACUGUGCCCGCCGCUGACACAAUGUUUUUUUUUUAAUUCAAGUUUUACUAAUAUAAUUAGAAAGUUUUUAUGUGGGAAAAACAUGUGAAUAUUAUUAUUUGAACCCCUUUUGUCUUAAGAUUGGAAAGAAAAAAAUAUAUAGAAAUAUGAGACCAAGUGAAAAGAUUUUUUAUCCCACCGAUGACCGAGGCAAGGUUCAGAAUAAACCACUUUAUUUGGAACUAUAUACACAUGCACGCUUUGCAGACUUUGACACAGAAGGGGAUAGCAAAAUCCAAUUGACACGCAGCGCAGGAAACUCUCAACGAUGGUCAGCACGCCUCCUCGGGUUUCAACGUGCCAAUCAAUGUCUGAAAUGAUCCCAUUGUGUAAUUUCAUUAAAGAACGCAUCUCCGGGG